UAGAUUUAUUUUGUUUUGUGUACAGAUGGAGUGCAUGUUCAGGCCUGUGUGAGUUAUAUUAGUAAUGCACUAUUAUUUGCGUUAUGAAACUACCAAUCCCAAUCAGACAGUUCUGUCGAUCAUUUUCUGGUUUGCAGUCUCAGCUAUUUAGCAGUUUAGCAGGCAGAAUUUCCUCACAAACAGAACAUUUUAGCCAACGAGCGCUAGGGCUAGGCCAUCAUCAGUCGUUCAAUAUUUAUGAUAAAAAAUUCACUUUGUCAAAUCGCUUGCCUUCCGGACUUCUACAACUUCUCUGUAGAUUUAGGCCUGGGGCUUGUCAUUUAAAUAAACAGUUUUACUCAACUGCAGGACACAAUAUGUUUUUAAUUCAGAAGCCAAUCGUCAUUGCCAUUGAGGGAAACAUUGGAAGCGGUAAAACAAGAAUGUUGGAGUUUUUUGAGAAACAUGUGCCAGAAGUUGAAACCUUGAUGGAGCCUGUACAUAAAUGGCGGAAUUUUAAUGGACACAAUUUAUUAGGUAUGAUGUAUAAUGAUCCUGAAAGGUGGAGCUUUACAUUCCAAUCUUACGUACAGUUAACAAUGGCUGAAAGUCACCGGACGCCGCAGACCAAGCCUGUUAUGAUGAGGGAGCGGUCCAUAUACAGUGCAAAGUAUUGCUUUGUGGAAAACUUGUAUGAAUGUGAAAAGAUGUCUAAAGCAGAAUAUGAUGUUUUAACUGGUUGGUUUGAUUGGAUUCUUAAAAAUCAAACACCUAAAGUCGACAGCAUCAUUUAUUUGAGGACAACUCCUGAGAAUUGUCAGCGCCGUAUCAAGGAGCGUUCCCGUGAAGAAGAAAGCUGCAUUCCUAUUGAGUAUUUGCAGCACCUUCAUCAACUCCAUGAAGAUUGGUUAAUAAACAAAACAAAGUUUCCUUUACCAGCACCUGUCACAGUACUAGAUGCAAAUUUGACACUUGACCAGAUGUUUGAGAUGUAUACUAAAGACCAGCACAAAAUUCUUACAGCCACUUGAUCAACCAUAUUUUCAUAAAAAUGGAAAAAGGUAAAACAGGGAGUUUCUGCUGUACUAGUUGUCAGCAGCACUCAUGUAAACUUUCACUGUCAAUUAUGCAACUACAAGCAACUAGGUAGAACUGGAAAAUAAAAGUGACUGAGAUCAACCUUUGCCUCAAAUCGUACAACUCGCAGUUCUGCCAAGGUUAAAGCCCCAUUCCCAGCAAAAUUUCAGUUGUUAAGAAAAAUCUAAUUUUUGUAUAAUGUUAUAAAGAUUUAUAAAUAUAAUACAAAAUUGCUAGUUUAACUAAAUUUGA